AUGACAGUCUGUGCCAACAAAGUGAUUUACUGUGGAGGACUUGGUCCACUUAGCAUCAGAUCAACCUCGGAAGCGGUCAGAGAGCAAGGCUGCUCAGAUUCUUCUGAAGAUGUGGCUGGCAUCUCAGGAAAUCCUCUCUGGCUGCGGCCUUCCAACAUACAGACAAAAAUCCUUUAUGUUGAAUGGAAGAAGACACAACUAGGCUCACCUGGAAACAAUAAGAAGAUCGAGCUCCUGGUUCGGUAUAAUCAUAAUAAAAAAAAAAUAUCCAAGAUUUCUAAUGGUUUCAAUAAGACAUAUGAUUUUAAUGACGUGGAUUUUGCUCUUGGCAUCAAGUCAGCUAAACUGCAAGACAGUGGUCAAUAUGAGCUGGAGAUCACCAAUCAUAGUGGAAAAGUUUGCAGUAAGAAAUUCCAGAUUCUUGUAUUUGAUCGUGUUGAGAAGCCUCACCUGCGGGGCCAGUGGAAGGCCUGGGCUGAAGGGAUGUGUCAACUGUCUCUGUACUGCUUGGUGCCCAGGGAUGAAAAUGUGAGCUAUUCUUUGUACAGAGGGAGCAAGCUGAUCUCAGAAAUAAGGAACUUUACCCACCUGGUGAACAAGACUGAAGCCAGAAGCCUGCUCACAUAUACCUGCAAUGUUAGCAACAAAGUCAGCUGGGAAAGUGACACCCUAAACAUCACUCAGGGCUGUCAGAGUGCCCCUCAAAAGUUCAGUUUUCUGCCCUUUGUGGUGAUCAUCGUUAUUCUAGUCAUAUUACUUCUCGGUGCCAUCACUUGCUUCUGCGUGUGGGAUAAGAAGAGAAAGUCACAGUCCAGCCCUAAGGAAUUUUCAACAAUAUAUGAAUAUGUCAAGGCCCCACAAGGCAGGAGGAAUCAAGUAGGACAUUCUGGGGCCUCAGGAUCUCCUUCAUCUGUCCAGGAAAAUGGAAGGGGACAAAGGGAACCGAACAGAGACCAGUACAUGUCCCAUCACUCUUCUGUACAGGAGCAGAUGCCGGAGCAGAAACCCUCUGGAGAUGGAGGCACCAUCUACUCAAUGGUCCAGUACAAGCCUUCUGAUUCCACACCACAAGAAACGUGCACACUUUAUUCAGUAAUCCAGCCUUCCAGGAAGUCUGGAUCCAAGAAGAGGAACCGGAACCCAUCCUCAAAUUUCACUGUGUAUGAAGAGGUUGGACAGCAAUACCUUAAAGCCAGAAACCCUGCCAGACUGAGCCGCAGAGAGCUAGAGAACUUUGAUGUUUAUUCCUAG